UCUACUUUUGUCUUCCACCCACAACGUCACCACUGUUCCCUCCCAGUCUACUAUCAGACUUCUCUAAGUCAGCGGCACGAGUAUCACACACCGCAAACCCUACUUCUGACAUAUGCCUGCUCAGCUCAAACUGGAAAUAUCAAAAUAUCUUUGGAUAUCCCCCCUCACUCCGAGCUUGUUCACAUCUUUCUUCAAAGAUGACAUCAACUGCUGAAAUGAGCACCGAUUGGGCGAUCCAGGAUUCCUCUACUCUGGACUAUACGUCCAUGGUGACAUCAACCAUGGACUAUGGCUCCAUCACUCCAACAGACGACGACUAUGAUUUCUCAGAGUUCUACUGUGACCGCUUUGCCGCCAGAGCCUUUAGAGCCCAGUAUGAACCCCCCCUCUACUGGACCAUCGCCGUGGUGGGUGGGCUUGGCAACCUGAUGGUGGUGUGGACCUUCCUUCACCUCCGCCAGCGUCUGAAGACCAUGACGGACGUGUACCUACUGAAUCUGGCUGUGGCCGACCUGCUCUUCCUGGGCACGCUGCCCCUCUGGGCGACAGAGGCUGCCCAGGGUUGGAACUUCGGUCUGGGCCUCUGCAGGGUCAACUCGGCCCUGUACAAGAUCAACCUGUUCAGCAGCACAAUGCUGCUCACCUGCAUCAGCGCAGACCGCUAUGUGGUGAUCGUGAAGACCACCAGCGCACAGAACUCCAAAAGCCAGCGGCUCUGCUACAGCAAGCUGGUUUGCGGUGCUGUGUGGCUGCUGGCUCUGGUCCUGGCCCUCCCAGAGUUUAUCUUCUCCAACAUCAAGGAUUAUGAGGAGACAAAGUACUGCAGGAUGGUGUUCCCUGGAGGGAAUGGGAACAGAACCAAGGUCCUGGUACUGGCUAUUCAGAUUAUUAUGGGUUUCUGCCUGCCCUUCCUCAUCAUGGUGUUCUGUUACUCCAUGAUCGUCUACACUCUUCUGAAGGCCCGCAACUUUGGCAAGCACAAGGCCAUGCGCGUCAUCCUUGUGGUGGUGGCGGUGUUUGUUCUCUCCAAGCUGCCGUACAACUGCAGCCUGAUGCUGGAGGCCACACUGGCCAACAACGUGACCAUGGCCAACUGCGACCAGAUCAAGCGCCUUGACAUCGCGGGGCAGUUGCUGAAGAGCCUGGCCUAUGUGCAUGCGUGCAUCAAUCCCUUCCUCUACGCCUUUGUGGGGGUGCGGUUCCAGAAGGACAUGGUGAGGGUUCUCCAGGCGUACCGGUGUUGGCCGUCCACGCGUCCACUCAGUAACCUCAGCAAUAAAGCCCCUCUGUCGCGGGCCUCCAUGCUAUCGGACCCGGACAACACCCACACUCUGUCGCUUUAAACCCUUUCAGGACAGUCCCCUUCUCUCUUGACCCCCAGGCCAACAGAGUCCAUUCAGAGACAGGGCUGGCUUCUCUGUUGCAGGUUAACACUGACACUGUUGUUUGUGUGACUGUGGACAUGGUCAACUGGGGACCGACGAAUAGAGGAAACUCUGGUUCCCGCUCUGUUUAGUUGUGACCUUGUCUUGGUUCUCAGAGUCUCUAGUGUUUUAGGUUCAUUAUGUAUAUAUUGCUGGAGAUCUAAAAACAUGAAAGGGUUUAUGUAUUAUUUAAAAGGGUCUUCUAGAUUCCAAAAUUUUAAUGUACAUAUGAAUGAUGUGUCAAGACGUAUCCCAUAAUAUCUGAAUGCUGCCACUUGUACAAAGCCAAACCUUUUUUGUUCAAAAAUGUUUGAUGAUCUGAGAAUAAAAGAUUUUUUUAAAAGGUGA